GAUACCCCAAUAAAGGCGCCUCUGGGUGCUGCCCCCUGCGGAGCGGGGCCGGGGGCGCAGGGCUCGGGCUCGGGCUCGGGCUCCGGCUCCUCUGCCCCGUGGCGCUCCCGCGUCCGCUCUCGCCUAGUGGUUCCUUUCUGGGCGGUGUGGGGCAGAUCCGGGCGGUGUCUGGGCCGGGCCCUCCCCUGCCCCUGCCCCGAAAGCUGCAGAAGUAACGGUGUGUGCGCAGAACGUAGUUCAAACCCUUGGCCAGCCCCGAGUCCUCCCCCUGCCCCUCUCCAGGGGAAGGGGAAAGUAAGGCGGAGGAGAACGAGACAAGAGCAUCCUCCGUGGGAAACACUGUUUCCUGGCAACCAGUAGAGGCUCCUCAAAAUGGCAAAUAGUUAACCAACCCUUCCCCCCCCCCUCAAAAUCUGAUUUUUAAUGUGAUCUUCAUGGUGUGCUGGUGGGGAAUCUGAGUUUUCAACCACCCCAAUGGAUGCAGACAGUGAUGUUGCAUUGGACAUUUUAAUCACAAAUGUAGUGUGUGUUUUUAGAACAAGAUGUCAUUUAAACUUGAGGAAGAUUGCAUUAGAGGGAGCAAAUGUGAUCUACAAGCGUGAUGUUGGGAAAGUAUUAAUGAAGCUUAGGAAACCUAGGAUUACGGCCACAAUUUGGUCCUCAGGAAAAGUUAUUUGCACAGGAGCCACAAGUGAAGAAGAAGCUAAAUUUGGUGCCAGACGAUUAGCUCGUACUUUGCAGAAACUAGGUUUUCAGGUAAUUUUCACAGAUUUUAAGGUUGUCAAUGUUUUAGCAGUGUGCAACAUGCCCUUUGAAAUCAGAUUGCCAGAAUUUACGAAGAAUAAUAGACCUCAUGCUAGUUAUGAACCGGAGCUUCAUCCUGCAGUGUGCUACAGAAUAAAACCUCUCAGAGCUACCUUACAGAUUUUUUCAACAGGAAGUAUCACAGUAACGGGGCCAAACGUAAAGGCUGUUGCCAGUGCUGUGGAACAGAUUUACCCAUUCGUGUUUGAAAGCAGGAAAGAAAUUUUAUAAUUCACCACUUAAUGGUUAGGUUCCCUAACCAAGCACCUUUAAAGACUGCUGCACAUUGGACUAAAAGCAAAAAAGGAAAACUGGACCAACAAUAGCUGAGGAAAUACAGACUCUUUUACUUGUUCAUGGCCACAGUGUAAACUCCAGUCCCUUUGGAUUUUAUUUUGAACAGUGCUGUAUUGUAAAAACAAAAGUUUACAAGAUAUGAAAUUGCUGCUUUUAAAAAGACGUUCUAUUUAUUUUUGCAGUAAUUUCUGUGUAUUCAUUAGCAAACCUGUCACGAUGUGCACUACCUUUCAAACAUUUUUUUUUUAGUUUGAGCUUGUGUUUUAUUUGUGAAUAGUCUUUUACAUUUUUGUAUGCUGAAUAUUGGGCACCAAAGAAGCUGUAAAAGUUACCUUUUUCACUUGAUGAAUGUGCACAAAUAAAAAUUUGGAAAAUCUCUCUCUUAAUACCUGUUGUUAUAUUCCUUUCCCCUUUUUCUAUUACAAUUAAAAUUGUAUAGUUGCAAAUUAA